AUGGCGUUGGGGAAGGUGUCUUUGGGUAGAGUGUCUGAAGGUAGUGGUGCUACAGCCGUUGUCCAGGCAGCGCUAUGCAAACCCAGGCAAGAACGUGUAGCGAUAAAGAGGAUCAACUUAGAAAAAUGCCAAACCAGUAUGGAUGAAUUACUUAAAGAAAUUCAAGCAAUGAGUCAAUGUAAUCACCCCAAUGUUGUGACCUAUUACACAUCUUUUGUGGUGAAGGAUGAACUUUGGCUGGUUAUGAAACUGUUAAGUGGGGGUUCAAUGCUUGAUAUAAUAAAGUAUAUUGUCAACAGAGGAGAGCACAAAAAUGGUGUCCUUGAAGAACCCAUAAUAGCAACAAUUCUUAAAGAAGUUUUGGAGGGCUUAGACUAUCUACACAGGAAUGGGCAAAUUCACAGAGAUUUGAAGGCUGGCAACAUUCUUCUGGGUGAAGAUGGCUCUGUACAAAUAGCAGAUUUUGGUGUUAGUGCAUUUUUAGCAACAGGAGGUGAUGUUACUCGUAACAAAGUAAGGAAAACAUUUGUUGGUACUCCAUGUUGGAUGGCGCCUGAAGUAAUGGAGCAGGUGCGAGGUUAUGACUUCAAGGCUGAUAUGUGGAGUUUUGGGAUAACAGCAAUUGAGUUAGCAACAGGAGCAGCACCAUAUCACAAAUACCCUCCUAUGAAAGUGUUAAUGCUGACGCUUCAAAAUGACCCUCCCACUUUAGAGACAGGUGUAGAGGACAAGGAAAUGAUGAAAAAGUAUGGCAAAUCCUUUAGAAAACUAAUUUCAUUAUGCCUUCAAAAAGAUCCUUCCAAAAGGCCCACAGCAGCAGAACUUUUAAAAUGCAAAUUUUUCCAGAAAGCCAAGAAUAGAGAAUACCUGAUUGAAAAGCUUCUCACUAGAACGCCUAAUAUAGCACAAAGGGCAAAAAAG